AUGACUCUUCCCAGGACCAGCUCAGCCACCAGAAGCAUGACACUUCCCAGGGCCAGCUCAGCCACCAGAGGGUCAGAAGCGACCCAGGGGGGCAGAGGAGAACAGGUGGCACUGGUCAACAUGGAACUUCUUGGGUUGCCUAACAUUGGCAACACUUGCUUCCUUAACGCCACCCUGCAGUGCCUCCUGGUCCUGCCUUCCUUCUCAAAGGAAAUCCUGCACCAGGAACAACUCUGGAGCUCCUCUCCCUUCUCCAACCUGCUCAGGUGUCUGUCUGAUGUGCACCGUUCGGGUCUACCUGACAGUGUGGCAAACCAGGCCUCAAAAGCAGACCUCAUGUGGAAGGUCAAGUACUCCUUGUCGGGAUACGAUUUGAAGUAUCUGGGGGACACGCAACAGGACGCACACGAGUUACUUGUCAAUAUGCUGUGCCAGCUGAAGGAGGAGGGCAUGAUUCUGAAGACACUCGGGAUGAACUAUACCUGCCCUGUUUCCCAGCUGGAGUUCCAACUUGUGUCGGUGCGCACAUGUACCAGCUGUGGGCGCGAGUCGUCUACCAGAGAGGACUACAACCACCUCUCAUUGGACUUCAGCCCUGAGCGCACCUUGCUGAACAGCCUAGCACUCACUUUCAAAGUCAGCACUUAGGGCUCAGCCCUGCAUGUAGAGACUAACACCCAGGGCAAGCUGCCCACUGCCUCAGAAUACGCUAUCUUAUUAUUGUAGUGGUAUCAUUCAUUAUGUAAUGCUUUUGUUUCUAACCAGAGUGAACAGGUUGAAUUCACAUGUGAGGGCUGUAAAGGCCUCCACGCCUCAAAGGUGGAGCAGUUCCACACACUGCCUCUGUGAGUUGUCCCUUUAUAACCUCUCAUAGUACUAGCAGUGUUUAAUGUCCUGAGCCUUUAGGAGUAGUUACCUUCCUGAGCAGGUUGUAGGACUUAGAGGUGAGCACCACCAAACAAAUUUCACUCAUCUGUUAUUUUGUUGACUGGUUUCAUUGUCUGUCUGUUCAUCUCUCUUCCUCUCUGUUUCUGGGCAGUG